AUGUCGCGCCCGCUCUCCCUCUUCAGCGUCCAGGCCAUCCUGGUCCUCGCCAUCGACGACGGCUCGCGCAUCCUGACCAAGUACUACUCGAAUCCCCACCCGCCGCAGGGCGCCCCGGCCGACUACCCCGGCCACAUCGCCUACAAGACCGUCAAGGACCAAAAGGCCUUUGAGAAGGGGCUGCUGGAGAAGACCGCCAAGCAGACUACCGACAUCAUCCUCUACGACCACAAGGUCGUCGUCUUCAAGAUGGAGUCGGACGUGAUGCUCUACGUCGUGGGCAGCGCCGAGGAGAAUGAGGUGCUGCUGUACAGCGUCGUCCUCGCCCUGCGGGACUCGCUCAACAUCCUCCUGAAGAACUCGGUCGACAAGCGCACCGUCAUUGAAAACUACGACCUCGUGUCCCUCGCCGUCGACGAGCUCGUCGACGACGGUAUCAUCCUCGAGACGGACCCCGUCAUCGUCGCCUCGCGCGUCAGCAAGCCCCCCGCCCAGGACAUGACCUCGAUGAAGAACAUCGACCUCUCCGAGCAGGGCCUGAUGAACAUGUGGGACUUUGGCAAGCGCCAGCUGGCCGAGAGGAUACGACAGGGACUGUGA